GCAGCAGGGGAGAGGAGACAAAAAAGUCCGUUAGGAAGCGAGGAUUCAAGAAGAAGUACAGCAAAAAGACGCCAAGCAGCUAAUCAAAACAAAAGAAUAGUUGAUGAUCGCACACGAUAGCGCAGAUAAUCGUUAGUUUGAUAUAUCAACACUAUUACAACGAGAGGAGCUGGAAUCGUCGCAAUAAUCACUAAAUAAAUAUUUACAUACGUAUGUAUCAUAACUCCGAGUGCAUUGGUCAAAAUCGAUCGUGUUGACAUUUCGAUCAGCCUACCAAUCAUUCGCAUUUUAUUUUUCCCACGAGAAUCGGUAACGUCGCAUUGACAAGAUACUUACUUUUGAGUAACACGCUUAGUUAAUGCGUGCAACUUGAACGCGCAAAUUGUAGUUCGUACAGAUAUUUACGUCUACGCACGAGAAAUACAAGGAAUUGAGUCGCAGUUCCAGUACCCAAUACCAUAAAGCAAAGCUCAAUAACCGUGAGAAAAUGAAGUCCUCGUCAAAAUCGUUUAAAGAAAUGCGUCCGUUCGUGCAGCGUGUCGCUGAGGUUGAAUUAAUUAGGCAACAACAUCCAAAUAAGAUUCCGAUAAUUGUCGAAAGAUUCGCCGGAGAAAAACAAUUGCCAAUUAUGGAUAAAGUCAAAUUUUUAGUACCUGAUCACCUGACUGUAGCCGAGCUUAUAAAAAUUAUUAGGCGCAGACUACACCUUCAUCCGACCCAAGCAUUUUUUCUGUUAAUUAAUCAAAGAAGCAUGGCUAGUGGAAGCUUGACAAUGGCGCAGCUCUAUCAGCACGAAAAAGACGCCGAUGGUUUUCUUUACAUUGUUUUCGCUAGCCAAGAAGUAUUUGGUUGCUAAAUUGCGACUGGUGUGAUUCUAGGUGAGUCUUCGGUGAUUAUACACAAAUUGUAAGAAUUACCUAUAUAAUAUGAAAUAAAAGAACUUGGCGUACUUAUGCUCUGUGUGUUGCAAAGAAUUCAUAGCUAGUGCCAAAAACUGCUGCGUGAACAUUAAAGAUGACUAAUAUCCAAAAAAAGGAUGAAUUGUUACACAUAUCUUACUUUUACUUGUAUUUACUGACUUUUAAUGGUAUCAAAUACAUGCAAACAGCGAUGUAAAUUGUAUUCAAAUAAAUAUGAGUAAUUUUAUCGAAUUAUAAUACAGUGUAUAGAAAGCUGGGUUUUCUAUUUCAAAUAACAUUUUCUUGAAAUAUUAUCCUAUAUCUGUUGUUAAAGUGAUAUAAAAAUUAAUAAAAUCAAUUCACUGCAUUGUUGUUGUUGAGUAAAUUUCAAGGACACUUUACCUGUAAUAUUUACUGUCGUUUUUUUAUUGUAUUUUAUUUACAUUAGGAUACAUGAAUCAGAGGAUGCCUCUGUCUUUUCUAUACAUGCAUGCGUUACGAAUGUCUAAUACUGAAAACCGACUUAUUGCUAUUUCAGAUUUAAUUAUUUUAUACAAAAAUAUCGAACGACGGGUGAUAAAUACUGUUGAACUUAUUGCAACUGUGAUUAGGCUGCUGCGUGUUGUGUGAGAAUAAGUUUGAGAAUACAUGAGGGACAUGUUAAAUGCAAACUGAAUUAAAGAAUAAAAAGGAAAGUAAACAAAUUAUAUACCUCCAGUAAAAAGAGAGCUGAUAAUCCUAGUAGUUGAUUAUUCUUGACUUAAUUAUCGUUUUAUUGUACCCAUUCAUUGUACUGAAAGUUUAAUUAUCACGUCAAUCACUAUAAUGUUAUAACAAGUCGAACUACUAGUGUGAAACAGCUCAAACACUUGAUGAAAAAAUACUACGAAAUAUCAUAUUUUUAUUUCAGCCUGAAUGUUGACAUUGAGAUUUCUUUAUUAACCGUUUUUGUUUAAGCGUCAUAUCCUAUUGUUACUUAUUAAUUUGUAUUAACUACACUCGCUCAUGUAUAAUUAUAUCAUGAUAGUUCCUCAAAUUGCCUGCUGAAAAAUAAUUGUUUUGUAACAAUCUUAUCCUUGUUCAAGAAAUGUUACAGUAGAAUCUAAACAAAUAAUCUCCUUUAUGAUAAUAUUGGAAUAUAUUUACAGAUAAAAUGUAUUAAGUAGCGUUAAUAGUAUUUUGUACGUUAGUAGUUAGUUGACGAAAAUGGCAACAAAUAUUCUAAAGUUAACAGAUUUUGCAAUAUGUUCGUACAAGUAUUUUUUAGUAAUUAGAAUAUUGUAAGUUUUUCUCACAUUAUAAUUAUUAAUUUUUUUGAGGCUGAUAGUUUUUCUUAGUAAUAUCAAAAUUCAUUUGUUCGUAAGAUCUUCAUAGACCAAUCGAAACGAAGUGUUUCGUAUUUGCUAUUUUUGUUUAUCUUAAUCAAUUGAAUUUUCUUUGAUGAUAGUUUCAUCUUUUCGGUAGUUCAAAGCAUGGGUUAAUAAAAAAAACUGUUAGUUAUUUAAAAUAUCAAAUAGCCUUCUUGAAAAUAAUAUAUUUUUUGCUUACUCUUUCCUUCAAACUAGAUGCAAUAAACUGUCAUUAAUAACGUGCAUAUAAUAUACUUAUUCUAUACAAAAAGAUAAAUUACAAUUCGGAGGAAAAAAUACUCAUUGAAUUCCUAUGUCAGGCAACUACGAGUGUUUUUGAAACUAUUCAGGUAGAAUCAGCUGUGAAUUAUUGAUUAAUAUAAUUAUCAUGUAAUAUCUCCUUUGUUUAAAUAAAUAUUAUUACUUUAUGAUA